CUUAAAUAGUCUAUUGACAACACCGAGGAAGCUUACAGCGGAGUAAAGAUCAAGAAUGUUAUCUUUGGAGAGGUUUAGCGAUGUCAACGAGUGGCCAGCUGCUGCAGCUGAGGAAAUAUGUGACGAUGCUACAAGAGCUGCCGUCGAGAGCGAGGCAGAGAUCGACCGUAUGAACCGUAGAAUGCUGGGUAUCUACUGGAACCCUCACAUCCUCUUACACAGAAUAGACGUCCCACAGCAACAUGUGUGUAAGGAGGAGGAGGUUGAGCUGCAGCUCUGUCACCAGGAGAGGAAGUCCAGUCUGGACCAGGAGGAGCCAGAGCCUCCACAGAUGAAAGAGGAGCAGGAGGAAGAGCAGCUCAAACCGGAGGAGACUGACACAUCAGCUUUGAAUUUUCACAUUCAUACUCACACAGAAGUCCCACAGCAACAUGUGUGGAAGGAGGAGGAGGAUGAGGUUGAGCUGCAGCUCUGUCACCAGGAGAGGAAGUCCAGUCUGGACCAGGAGGAGCCAGAGCCUCCACAGAUGAAAAGGGAGCAGGAGGAAGAGCAGCUCAAACCGGAGGAGACGGACAUGUUGAUAAUGACUCCUACUCAGGAGGAAAGUGAGCACAGAGAAGAUGGACCACAUGAACACCAGCUCCUUUCUCACAACUCUCAUGUUGCUGAGAAUCAAGAUCCCAAAGAGAACAAGCAGAAAGACUCAGAGAUAACUGGAAAAUCAAAACAAAGACAAGAGCGAGACAGAAAACACACAGAAGAGAGGCUGUUUUCAUGUGAAGUAUGUGGAAAAGGGUUUAAUUAUAAACAGAGUUUGAAACAACACAUGAUGACACACACAGGUGAGAAGCCUUACUCCUGCAGCACCUGUGGAAAAGAAUUUUUUAAGAAAUAUAGUUUGAUUCGGCACAUUCUCACUCACACAGAUGAAAAGCCUUUCUCCUGCAGCACCUGUGGAAAAAGAUUCUGUGAGAAAUGUCAAUUGAAUCUGCACAUUCUUAUUCACACAGGUACAAAGCCACACACCUGUGGUACCUGUGGGGCAUCUUUCACACAGAAAUGUCAUUUGGACCAGCACUUAAAGAUCCAUACAGGUGAAAAACCACAUACCUGCACAAUGUGCAACAAAUCUUUCAGAGAAAAAGGUAAAUUGACAGCCCACAUGAGAACACACACAGGUGAGAAGCCUCACUCCUGCAGCACCUGUGGAAGAAGAUUCUAUGAGAUUUCAGCUUUUAAAAAUCACAUUCUUACUCACACAGGUACAAAGCCACACACCUGUGGUACCUGUGGAAAAUCAUUCACAGUGAAAUCUGGUUUGGAUAGGCACUUAACAAUCCAUACAGGUGAAAAACCACAUACCUGCACAAUGUGCAACAAAUCUUUCAGAAUUAAAGGUAAAUUGACAGCCCACAUGAGAGUACACACAGGUGAGAAGCCUCACUCCUGCAGCACCUGUGGAAAAAGAUUUGGUCAGAAAUCAAAUUUGAAUAUGCACAUUCUUACUCACAUAGGUAUAAAGCCGCACACCUGUGGUACCUGUGGAAGAUCAUUCACACUGAAAUCUAGUUUGGAUAAGCACUUAAAAAUCCAUACAGGUGAAAAACCACAUACCUGCACAAUGUGCAACAAAUCUUUCAGAAAUGAAGGUGAUUUGACAAUCCACAUGAGAAGACACACAGGUGAGAAGCCUUACUCCUGCAGCACAUGCAGGAAAAGUUUCUGUACAAAAUAUGAUUUGACUCUGCACAUUCGUACUCACAGUGGUACAAAGCCAUACACCUGUGGUACCUGUGGAAGAUCAUUCACCAAAAAAAGUUCUUUGGACAACCACUUAAAGAUCCAUGCAGACAAUAAAGGUUAAACUUCCUAAACAUGUGGCAGAUCUCUCAGAAUUGGUGCUGACUUGAUGGUUAAUGAGAGAACUGACACUGCUGAGAAACUGCAUCUGUGAUAUCUGAGAUCUGCUACAAAAGAGACUUUAGCUUCGUUUCCAUCAGGUGGUCAGGUUUGUUUGGGUACAGUUUGUACGGUUCAGUACGCAAAACAACAAAAUGGUUUGCGUUUCCAAGGUUAUGCGUCUCCUCAUUUGAUGGGCAGGCUGCAAAAAAAUGAAAUCUCAUGCAGCGUGAGUCUGCUGGUCCAGCUGAGUUGUAGAAAGGAUGAAUGACAGAAAUCAGUGGGAAUAAGCAGGAAACUGCUUUAUUUCAGUUGAAAGUGCUUUUUAAAGAAAUAACUACAUCUUAAUUAUGUUAACCACAGUGGGUACAGAUCCUCAGCUGAUGGAAAACAUGUAGAAAUAUUUUUAGUCGUAGCGAUACGUUAAUAUGCAAAUAUAUCUGGUCCGUAACAGUUUAUACAACAUAAUAUAAAAGUUUAGAGUUAUGCCAUAAAUAUUCGCCACGUUAAAAAUAAACCAAAGGUUUAAGUCAGAAAUCCUGGGUGUGCUGAUCACAUUUUAAAACAGGCUGCAGCCCAAAGUCUCACGAGUACGUACAAUAGUGACAGACAGAUUUUUUCACAAGUUAUUUAUAUGAAGGAAAUUUCCUAUAUUCCUGAGGAGGUGUAAGAAGCUUGUUAAUGGUUAUAAAAAGCCAUUGGUUUUAGUGAUUUUUCCCAAGGGUGUGCAACCAAAUAUUAAAUUGAGGGUGCUAAU